AUGGAACAGACGAAAGUGGUCCUUCUAUUUCUUUUAUUUCUGCCACCAGGUCGAGGAGGCUCCCUGGAGAACUACGUAAAUACUGAAGGGGCUUUCCUCUUUAGUGGCAUGAAGAAGCAUCUAGAAGUAGGAAGCAUAAGUGAAUGUGUGACAAAAUGCGAGGAGGAAACCGAGUUCAUUUGCAGAUCAUUCCAAUACCACAGUAAAGAGCAACAAUGUGUGAUAAUGGCUGAAAACAGGAAGUCUUCCACCAUCAACAGGAGGAGAGAUGUCAUUUUAUUUGAAAAGAAAAUAUAUCUUUCAGAGUGCAAGACCGGAAAUGGAAAGAGCUACAGGGGUACCAUGGCCAAAACUAGAAGUGGGUUAGCCUGCCAGAAGUGGAGCGAUAACUUUCCUCACGUACCCAAAUAUAUUCCUGAAAAAUACCCAUCCGAGGGACUGGAGGAAAACUACUGCCGGAACCCAGACAACGACCAGCAUGGUCCGUGGUGCUACACCACCAACCCAGACGUCAGAUUUGAAUUCUGUGACAUUCCUGAGUGUGAAGAUGAAUGCAUGCACUGUAGUGGAGAAAACUAUCAGGGCAAAAUUUCCAAGACCGUAUCCGGACUUGACUGCCAGGCCUGGGACUCUCAGAGCCCACAUGCUCAUGGAUACCUUCCUUCCAAAUUUCCCAACAAGAACCUGAAAAUGAAUUACUGCCGAAACCCUGAUGGGGAGCCCCGCCCAUGGUGCUUCACCAUGGACCUCAACAAGCGCUGGGAGUUCUGCGACAUCCCCCGCUGCACAACAUCGCCACCACCAUCUGGUCCGACACAUCAGUGUCUGAAGGGAAAAGGUGAAACCUAUCGAGGGAAUGUGGCCAUUACGGCAUCCGGGCACACCUGUCAGCGCUGGAGCGAGCAGACCCCCCACAAGCACAACAGGACCCCGCAGAACUUUCCCUGCAAAAAUCUGGAUGAAAACUACUGUCGUAACCCUGAUGGAGAAAGCGCCCCUUGGUGCUACACAACCAACGUCGAUGUGAGAUGGGAACACUGCAAUGUACCAUCCUGCGAUUCAUCCGCAUCAUCCACGGAGGCAAUAAUGCCACCUGAACAAACCCCUGUGGUCCAGGAGUGCUAUCAGGGCAAUGGACAGACUUAUCGAGGAACCUCCUCCACUACAAUCACAGGGAAGAAGUGUCAGUCUUGGUUAUCUAUGACACCACACCAUCAUUAUAAGACCCCGGAAAACUACCCAGAUGCUGACUUGACAAUGAACUACUGCAGGAAUCCAGAUGCUGAUGAAAGACCUUGGUGCUUUACCACUCAUCCCAGUGUCCGAUGGGAGUACUGUAAUCUGAAGAGGUGUUCAGAGACAGUAGGGAGUGCCCCAAACUCUCCUGCUGUGUCCCACGUUCCACAAGUCGAGGCUCCUUCCGAAACAGACUGCAUGUUUGGGAAUGGCAAACAAUACAGGGGCAAGAAGGCAACUACUGCUACCGGCACUCUGUGCCAGGGGUGGGCUGCACAGGAGCCCCACAGGCACAACAUUUUCACACCAGAGACGAAUCCACGGGCAGGCCUGGAGAAAAAUUACUGCCGCAACCCGGAUGGAGAUGUCAAUGGUCCUUGGUGCUACACAAUGGAUCCAAAAAAGCUUUUUGACUACUGUGAUGUCCCUCUGUGUGCCACGCCCUCAGUUGACUGUGGAAAGCCCAAGGUGGAGCCGAGGAAGUGUUCUGGAAGGGUUGUAGGUGGGUGUGUGGCCAAUCCGCAUUCCUGGCCCUGGCAAAGCAGUCUCAGGACAAAAAGAUCUGGGGUGCACUUUUGUGGGGGCACUUUAAUAUCCCCGGAGUGGGUGCUGACUGCACAUCACUGCUUGCAGAGGUUCCCCAGCCCGUUAUCGUACAAGGUUGUCCUUGGUGCACACAAAGAACGGAAUCUUGAACCAGAUGUUCAAACAAUAGAUGUUUCUAAGCAGUUCUCGGGGCCCUCAGGAGCAGAUAUCGCCUUGCUGAAGCUAAGCAGACCUGCCCAAAUCACUGAGAAGGUCAUCCCAGCUUGUCUUCCACCUGCAAAUUAUGUGGUUGCUGACCAGACAGAAUGCUACAUCACUGGCUGGGGUGAAACUCAAGGCACCUCUGGUGAUGGCCUUCUCAAGGAAGCCCAGCUCCCGGUGAUUGAGAACAAAGUGUGCAAUCGCAGAGAGCAUCUGGGCGGAAGAGUUCAGGCAACCGAACUCUGCGCUGGGCUCUUGAGUGGAGGUACAGACAGCUGCCAGGGUGACAGCGGAGGGCCUCUGGUUUGCUUCGAGAAGGACAAAUACAUUUUACAAGGAGUCACUUCCUGGGGUCUUGGCUGUGCACAGGUCAAUAAGCCUGGUGUUUAUGUCCGUGUUUCAAGGUUUGUUACUUGGAUUGAAAGCAUAAUGAGGGAAAACUAAUUGGAUGGGAGACAGAGGGAGCAUCGGCUGAUCUAGAAACAAGAACACGGGUAGGGAACUUAGCUCAGAAAUAAUUAACAGUGGUCAGACUAAGACCCCGUCCUUAGCUAUCACCAACUGCUAAACCUCAAGGCGUUUUGACAUUUCUGUGGAUAAACUUUCCUGCCCAUGAGCUGCUACUAAGGCAGCACAGUUGUGAUAUUUGUUGAGAAUAAACUGUACUUACCUUGACUUGACUUAAUUUGUUUGCGUCUUCAACAUUUUUUGCAUUCUUCGCUCAUCCUCCACCCCAGAGUAGCCAUUUUUUUUUUAAUUUAUUGUGCUGAAAGUGGAAGUUUACAAAUCAAGUUGGACUCUCAUACAAAAAUUUAUAAACACCUUGCUAUAUACUAAUUGCUCUCCCCCUAAUGAGACAGCACGCUCCUUCCCUCCACUCUCUCUUUUCGUGUCCAUUCGGCCAGCUUCUGACCCCCUCCUCCCUCCCAUCUCCCUUUCAGACAGGAGAUGCCAACAUAGUCUCAUGUGUCUACUUGAUCCAAGAAGCUCAUUCUUUACCAGUAUCCUUGUCUAUCCCAUAGUCCAGUCCAAUCCCUGUAUGAAGAGUUAGCUUUAGGAAUGAUUCCUGUCUUGGGCUAAGAGAAGGUCUGGGGACCAUGACCUCCGGGUUCAUUCUAGUCUCAGUCAGACCAUUAAGUCUGGUCUUUUUAUGAGAAUUUGGGGUCUGCAUCCUACUGUUCUGCUUCCUCAUGGGUUCUCUGUUGUGUUCCCUGUCAGGGA